CGGAGUAAGUGUUUCGUUGUCGUGAGUGACACGAGUUAUACCGUGCCGAAAGCAUGAAGUGGCAUAUAAUAUUAGCAGCAUUGGCUGCUUUAAUUAUUACUGCAUAUGCAGAAGAAGAGGAUGAAGCUGCAAAGUUAUUAGUAUCAAAACAACUUCUUAACAAAUAUCUUGUAGAAAAUAUGGACAUUGUAAUCAAGUAUACAGUUUACAAUGUUGGCAAUGCAGCUGCAUUGGAAGUUGAAAUCACAGAUAAUUCUUUCCAUCCUGAUCAUUUCACCCAUGUGAGUGGAGAAUUAAAUGCAAGGAUAGAUCGUGUCCCACCUUACACAAAUGUUAGUCAUACAGUUGUUGUAAGGCCACGAAAAUUUGGAUAUUUCAAUUUCACAUCAGCAGAAGUUUUAUAUAGACGUAAGGAAGAUGCUGGUAGUUUACAGUUUGCUGCAAGUAGUGAACCUGGUGAAGCAGUAAUUGUAUCAUUUAGAGAUUAUGAUAAGCAAUUUUCUUCUCAUGUGAUUGAUUGGGCUGCAUUUGCUGUGAUGACAUUACCUUCAUUAGCUAUUCCUUUUGCACUAUGGUAUUCUAGUAAAAGUAAAUACGAAAAAUUACUUAAAACUGCAAAAAAGCAUUAA